AUGUCUUCAUUAGUUACUCUAGUUUUAAAUAAUACUGACAAAAUACCUAUAGUAGGUUCAUCUAUUCAUCAAGUCACAACAAGGUAUUAUCUAAGAAAUCAUCAGCAGGAUCUGGUCGAAACACCUCCACCUCCCUAUGAAAAGGAACCUACCCAUUCACGAUUUUCGCAAAUCUCAGAUUAUGUAUGGAAAAGAGCAAGCAUGAGCACGACGAUGACGACAACGGUUGAAGAACCUUUAAUAGAAAUAACUCUUAAUAAAAAGCAGAUUGGAGAAGGGAUAUCAUUAAUACAGAUGGCAACUGAAAUGAAUAGUCAUGGAAAAAACAAAGAAAUUUCAAUUGAUUUAUAUAUGAUGGGACUUGAUAAAAUUUUAACUUCAUUGCCAAUCAAUUCUGAUCCUGUAUUAAAAUCAAGCUUAGAAAAAAAGCUUUCCGAAUUCAAAAAGAGAGCUGGGCUUUUGCUUGCAGAAGAUACUAAAAAGAAAUUAACAGAAAAAGAAAAAAGAGAAGCCCUUGGUGGCCUUUCCGAGCUGAUUGUUCAAACUUCUAUACUUAUUGCAGUAGAAAUAAAGAAAAGCCCAAUUCCAGGUAUUAUGGCUAAAUGUUUACAACUAACAAAAUAUGGAUUAAUAAAACUCGAUGAAAUUUGCUCUAUUCGAGAAAGAGCAGCUAAUAUUACACAUUAUGGUAUUGCUAAAGCCAUCGAAAUAGACCAACAUUAUGAGAUUCAUCAAAUUUUUGCUGAAGUCUUCUAUACAGCUUGUACUGCAAUUUUAAAGGCAGGAAUUGCAUAUGCAGAACAUGAUCAAAAUGAAAAUCAGGAGAGACAUAAACAAGUAUUACAACAGGAAUCAUCUGCUGUAAUUGCUUAG